AUGCACUUGAAUAUUAUUUUUCUUAUUUUCCUACUGCUCAUUUCGGCUCACGCUAAAAAUAUUUUGAUCUACAACUCGGUAUUCGCGUAUAAUCUUGCUCAUCUCAUCGACUUCCCUUGUAUCCCUAUCAUGCCUGCUGUGCGAUUCACAAAUACUAUGGACAUUUUUGGCCAACCAUCUCUUCUGGGAUACAUUCAGCACAGUGGAUCCAAGAUGGCUCCAGAUGCUGGAUUCCUUGACAGACUGAAUGAUGUUUAUCGAAAUUUUUUGUUCGAUCUGAACACUGAUUCAAUCGGUUAUCAUCAACAAAAAGUAUUUGAAAAAGCUGUUGGAAAACCAUUACCAAGCUCGAAGGAUUUAGUCAAACAAUCUCCAAUUUACAUUACAAACUCAAAACCCUAUCUGGAUUUUGCUGUUCCAACAACUGCGACUAUAGUUCAGGUUGGAGGGAUUACUGUAGAUCUAAACAAACCAAAAACCGCGUUGCCAGAAGACUACGAGAAGAUUUUGCAAGAAAGAGAAUCCAUGGUUCUUAUCUCAUUUGGGUCUGUGAUCCGAUCUUUCCAGAUGCCGGAUAACUUUAAAGCAGGAAUCAUCAAAAUGUUCGAAACCCUUCCAGAUGUUACAUUUAUCUGGAAGUAUGAAAAAGAUAAUCCAUAUAAAGCCGACAUGUUGGCUAGGCGCCGAGGAGCAAUUGCAUUCAGUAAAUAUGAUCUUAAGAAUCCGGAAAAGUUGAACAGCGCUGUUAGAAGUUUGGUCUAUGAUUUGAAGUACAAAAACAACGCGCAAACUCUACUAGAUGUUCUCUCCAAUCAACCUAUUGAUCCAAAACAAAAUCUUAUGAAAAAUUUGGAGUUUGCCAUGAAAUUUCCAAACCUUCGCUCUCAAGUUCCAGCAAUCAAUCAAGUGGGAACUAUUGCUCAUUAUUAUUUGGAUGUUGUAGCUUUCUUGACGAUUCUAGCGGGCUUCAGCUUAUACGUUCUAUAUUCCCUUCUUCUGAAGAUUAUCAGAAGAGUUGUGUCGAAAAAAUUUUAA